AUAGAAAUGUCAUGAAAACAAAAAAAUUUGUUUAUUUACAAAUUUAUAGCUAUAAAAUAUACCUUCUUUUAUUAGUUAAAAACCGGCAAUAAUCAUGGAAAAAACUAAAGGAUUUUAUGAUCUUUGUGUUCCAUUUAAUAAAGAUGCUAAAGUAAUGAAAUCACUAGUCAAAGAACUUAUUGAAUUGGGCUACAAAACUAUAGCAAUCGAAGAAACAUUUGAUCAUUCAAAAAAGGAUUUAGUAAAAAGAGGUUCUGAAUUGUUUCCAGAACCCGCUAAUCUAAGCUUCCUCAAUGAGUUCAAAAAUCAAAUUAAAAUCCUUAGCCGAUUGACGAUAAUUUAUGUUGAUGUGUCUGUGUCACAUGCAAUGACUAAUUCAACAAACAUAAAAAAAUACAAUAUUAUCGCUGGACUGCCAAAGAAUGAUGUUGCAUUAACUCACUGUUGUACAACAUUCAAUGGUGACAUUGUUACUUUCGAUCCGGAAGGUGGUAAGCUACUGGUCAAUCGGAAGAACUAUCAAGUUGCUGUUAAGCGUGGAGUUUUUUUCGAAAUCAAAUAUUCGCCUGUAAUAACAAAUUCAAGCUGUCGCAAAGAUACUAUCAAGCUAACACAUAAUUACCAUGCCAAAGGUAAAUCAAAAAGCAUUAUACUUUCGAGUAGUGCGAAGUGUACAUUUGAUUUAAGAGGUCCCUAUGAUGUUAGUAAUUUAGCUUUAAUAUUUGGGCUAUCAGAAGAUCAGGGGAAGAAUGCGAUAGGAAGUACGUGUCGACAGUUGGUACUUCGAGCUGAAUCACGACGCAUUGGAAAAACGAUAAUGUUUGCAAAAGGAGCUGGUCCAAUUUGUUUAUCGUCAUCCUCUAGUGAAAGUUCAUCGGAAGAGGAAGAAGAUGAUGAAAAUAAAAAUGAAGAUGUUAAUGAUGACGAUGAUGAUAUGAAUGAACAGCAACCAAAUAAAAAGAAAAAGUUAUCGUGAUAAGGAUAUUUCUUUUUUU